AUGGGUGUCCCUUUCGAAGCCCUCAUCCCCUAUGGGAUCAUCAUCGCUAUGUUCGGCGUGACCGGUGCCGGCCUCACUGCUGCUAAGUACUUGGGAAACGAAGGGAAAAAGGCGCGGUGGAACAAGGAUCUGUGGGACAGACAAAGUGCGUGA